AUGUCAAGAGCUUCGGGACACGCGCGACAUGCACGGCACAAAAACUCUCUUUAUCCUCGGAUAUUUCAGUCUGAGAGCAAGCGGUUGAUAGAUACACGAUCACCAUCACAAGAUGCCCAAAAGGCCUCAAUGGAAAGUUUGCCUCUUGCUUCUUCGAACUUAGAAACAACAGCUUUCAAUCGUAAAGCCACAGAAAGCCACUUCCAACCAUCAUGGGAUGGGCCAAUCAUAGAUUCAAGCAUAUACAGUACAACACACUACGACAAGUUUCGACGUUGGAAGCCUUCUGACCUGGCUUACUUCCUUAUGAUCACAUGUUUACACCUUAUCAAAAAUAUCAGUGUGGAGGCUGCCACGCUUUGCUUGCAUGUCAUAGGUGCAGUCUCCACCUUCAACACCGAUGAAAAGUCUUUGCAGGCCACUUUACCAAAGGCUAUGAGUACAUUUCUUGAUGGACUACGGAUUGAGCCAAAGAUUCGCAGAACAGUGUGCUGCCCCAAAUGCUUCAGUAUGUACUAUGGUGAUAAGAUUCCUACAUUUUGCACGUCUCAAGUUACUCCCAGGAGCCGUGUAUGUUCAGAGCAGCUUUUACACGAAGCAGGUAUUCAUGAUGGGACAACCCCAAAAGCAUGCCGGCUCUUUUCGACUGUAUCCUUUACUGAUUGCGGCAACGCAACUGGGAAUACGAUGCCCGCUUCGUCCUCGUCUGCCUUCAAAGAUAUCCUGAAUUGGCAUUAUUUGGUAAUGGACAUGCGAGUGACGUUCAACGAUGGGGCUAAAGAGAGUAAUGAUUUUUCACAACUCACUCCGUACGAAAGUAGCUGA